AAACAUUUGGCAGCGGAUGGUUAGUUUAUGGAAGUUACCAUAUUGGAAAAAAUUGAAGCUGAGACAUAAUCUUGAUGUCAUGCAUAUUGAGAAAAACAUAUGUGAGAAUUUGAUUGGGACAAUUCUGAACAUAAUAGGGAAGACAAAGGACACUGUUAAAGCUAGGCUCGAUCUAAAAGAUUUGGGAAUAAAAGAGGAGCUACAAUUAACAGAGGAUGGAGAUUCAUGUGAGAUGCCUAAUGCUCGAUAUACCUUGUCCAAAGAAAAAAAGAAGGCAUUUUGUGAUUUUUUAAGGGAGGUAAAGUUUCCAGAUGGUUUCGCUUCCAACAUUUCAAGAUGUGUUAGUGCUGAUGGGACCAAGGUUCAAGGGUUAAAAACACAUGACUGUCACAUUCUGUUGCAAAGAAUCUUACCAGCUGCCAUGAGAGGGUUUUUGGACAAUGAUAUCUAUGAAGCAAUAGCAGAGUUAGGGAAGUUUUUCAGAGAGUUGUGCAGCAAAACCCUGAACAAGGAUGUGUUGGCUAAAAUGAAGGAAGAGAUCCCAAUGAUUUUGGUGAAGCUUGAGAAAAUUUCCCCCCCGGCUUUCUUUGAUGUGAUGAUGCACCUAGCUGUUCAUUUACCUGAUGAGGCAUUGCUCCGAGGUCCUGUGCAAUAUGGGUGGAUGUACCCAAUUGAGAGACGGUUGUAUACUUUGAAGCGCUACGUGAGGAAUAGGGCACGACCAGAAGGUUCAAUUGCCGAGGCAUAUAUUGCUGAUGAAUGCCUGACAUUUUGCUCAAAAUACAUGGAAGGUGUUGAAACAAGAUUUAAUCGGGAACCAAGAAAUAUAGGUUUUUGUAAUGAGGAGAACUAUGGUGUGAAUGUUUUUGGCCAUGGAGUUCAUUUUACUUCUGCACCUGAACUUGUAUACGAUGAGAAUGGCUUUGAUCGAAUGGUGUGGUAUGUGCUUCACAACUGUAGUCAAGUUGAGCAAUAUGUGGAAAUGUUCAGAGAUGAACUAAAUAGAGAAGGAGUGCCUAACAUUGAAAGAAUUAUUGGACAAGGAUUUCAGAAUUGGUUCAGGAACCAUAUCUUUAGGUUGCGGAAUACUGAUCAAGAGAUAGAUGAAGAUCUCUUUUCCUUGGCUUGUGGUCCUGAUUUUAUAGUCAAGAAAUACUCUUCAUGCGUUGUGAAUGGUGUGCAGUUUAACACUGUUGAUCGUGACAAGAACAAGAAAACACAGAACAGUGGAGUUAUGGUACAAGGUGAACAUAAUGGUCAGGUCAUUGAUUUCUUUGGAAUCUUGAAAGAGAUAAUUCAGUUACUCUAUAUUGGCGAUGAGAGGUCAGUAGUUCCGUUUAAAUGUGACUGGUUUAAAUUGGAUGGAAAGAGGACUGAGCUUAAAUAUGAUGGCUUUUUUAAAAGCAUCAAUAUUGGAAACCUAUGGUACAAGGAUGAUUCUUUAAUCUUGGCAACUCAGGCUAAAAAGGUUUUCUAUUUGCCAGAUACUAAGGAGGGGGCGAAUUGGCACGUUGUCCAGACAUUUGACCAUAGGCAUCUUUAUAAUGUAAAAGAAACUGAGGGCGGCAGCUUUAGUUCUCCUGCAUAUCAAGAGAAUGAGUGCUUUGAAGAGGAUGGUACACGACACCCAAUUUCAGACAAAACUUGUGAUACACCUCUAAAUAGAGAUGAUGAACAAGGCGCUAGGUUUGAAGCUGCUGAAAUUUCUAGGUUGGUGAUGGAAAGAAACCGAGAAGUGCAUGAGAUAGAUGGCGAAGACGAAGACGAUGACACAUUGUUGGAGUACUGCAGCGAUGAUGAAGGAGGUGCUGCACUGGAGGUUGACAGUGAUGAUGAAUAGCUACUUGUUCAGUUUGCAAUUAUCUAGUGUAUGAACAAUUUUAAAUAAUAUGACCAUGUAUUUCUAUGCACAAGACUAUUUGAGAUCAUGUUCUGUGUAUGCACAAGAUUAUUUUAAUUAAUUUGACCAGCUUGUUCUGUUUUGA